UCUCUAGUUUGCGAUUUGUUUUUUUUUUAAAUCGUUCAAAAAUUGUUCGGUUGCAGAAACUAUAUUCGCUAUGGAUAACCUGGACACAACUUUUGACAAGCCGGAGUUCGACUGGGACGCCAUCAACGUAGGCGACUACCAGUUGGAUCACUCGCAGAACUUUUUCGCAGCGGCCAACAAAGAGAACAACAACCGCUUCAGCAAUGUCAACUUCCUCCUAUCCUGUCCCACUCCACAGAAAAUCUCUCGCGGGCAGAACGAUCAAUUACAGGAGAUCAAGCUCAACACUGGGGAACCGAAACAGGAGCCCACAAAGGAUCCGAAGGCGGAGCUCCAGGAACCAAAACCAGAUCACAUCCAUGAGAACAAUAACCGCUCCAGCAAUGCCAACGACAUACUGUCCUGCCCCACUCCGCAGAAGAUCGAUCUGGAGCAGAACGAAGGCAAGAUCAAUUGCAAUACUGGAAAAAUCAAAGAGGAGUACGUAAUCCGAUCAAAUGAUGACCUGCAAGCACCAAAAUCAGCUCAUGUCCAAAAACCGACAAGCUACACCCAACAAAUUGUUCCUCUUAACUCGGACAAUGAUGUGGAGAAGGAUGGAAAGCACAUAACAGAGGACAAACAGCACAUGACAGAAGCCGACCAGCACUUGGCUCAUCAGGAUCGUGUCCCUUCUCCCGUGUCUGGUGCUGGCGGAAAGCUGCGCCUGCAGUGGUCGCCCCCACGUCACCGGGAGCAUGAGGGAACAGCCGCGGCUGCAGCCCCAAAGGCUUACCAGUUCAAAGAUGUGUACGAAAGCAAACGACUGCAGAUGAUGCGUAAACUGUCAGAGGAAGAGAACAAGGCGCGCCAGUUCCAUAGCCGACCCAUGCCCAACUUUAGGGCUAUGCACAAGCGAAUGGGUGAGCUGGUGGUCACCCACAAGAUCACCAUCCCCAGGACGCCCGAAACACUUAAGCACUGUCAGACAAACAACAUGGAGCGCCGUCGCCAGGACCAGGAGCGACCCGCGGCCUCCCGCUCCAAACCCUUCCACCUGCGCAGCGAGCAGCGCGUGCGUGACCGCCGUGAAUUCGACGCCGCUGUACAAGUCAGCCUGGACCAAAAGAAGAAGGAGCAAGACGAACAACGGAAGAGAUGCGAGCAGGAGGAGAUUAAGGAGAUACGCAAGAUGACGGUAUUCAAGGCGCGUCCAAAUCCAUUUAAAUAGUGCUCGAUGGAACCAGUCGACUACCAACCAUUUGAUAACUUUGUCCAAAUUUGAAUGAUGUAAAGUCGCUGCUACAUAUAAAUGUGUUUAUACCGAUACAUAUAUAGUUUUACCAGAUUAACACAAUUUUUGUCUCUAACAUUACUUUUACAUUAACGCGUAUUUCGUUACCUUUUUUUUUGGCGGAUAAGAAACCAAACUAAAAUUGUAUGUUUGACGGGAGGAUAAAACUAUAUGAAUUAUGUAUACAAUAUAAGCAAUUUGCAAUUGCUAUCUUUAACUGUUUUCUAUUUGUACAAAGCCGAAAAAAAACAAUAAAUUAAUACUGUAAAUUGAA